AUGGCUCUCCUCUGGAUAAUACCGAUUCCACUUUCCAUCGAUCUACUUUUGGGUUGGGGACAGAGCUUUUACAACCCAGAGGUGUUCCAUUGCGAACCAGGAUGGGCUGAGCAGAGUAGUUCGUCCACAAGAAAGAUUAUCGUGAUAUUAAUCGCGACCGCUAUUGUGCCUGUGCCAUUCCUGGUGAUCGUAUUCCUAAACGUGCACGUAUACAGGACGGCGAAAAGGCAAAUAAACGCCAUUGAAGCUCAAGUGGGUGGACACGGUGAUGCUGUAAGCUCUCAGCAGCAAGAAAUGUCGAGGCGGUUCAGAGCAGAUCGUAAGGCAGCUAUCGAUGUGGCCAUCGUCAUCGCCGCGUUUUUGGUGUGCCUUCUGCCAGGCUGGGGUAUGAGUAUAUGCCAAAAACUCGUUACAAGCAUCGAUGUUCCAGCCGGAGUGGUUCUCGCGGCAAAUUGCAUUUUCUUCCUCAGCGCAAUAUGCAACCCGAUCAUCUAUUCCAUCCGUAAAAGAGAAUUCCGUGAUGCGGUGAAGAAGAUGCUCCGACGGAUUGGAGUUUGUCAAGAUUCUAACAGCAAUGACAUCGUUUGA